CUCAAUCCCCGCCCCCUGGCGCCGGAGGCCGAGCUAGCCGGCUUCUACCGCAGCGCCCCGCCGGCCGCGCUCGGUUCUCCUCUCCCGCGCCUCCCGUGGCUCCAGACUAACUUUGCGGCGCGCCUGGAGGCCAGAGGGCGUUGCGACACCGCGUUCGGCCCACUCGCGGCUGGAUGGACUCCGGCACAUCUCCACUGAGCCCCUUAGACCUACAGUCCCCACCACCACCACAGCCCCAGGCACGGGCUCGGCUCAACGCCACUGCCUCUGUGGAACAGGAGGGGAGCGAGGCACCCCGAGCUUCAGGACCUCAGGCUGGGCCUGGCCUGCAUGUUGGAGAAGCAGCUGCCCCCACCAAGCCCCAGGUCCCUCAUGCCAAGAGCCGAGAAGGAGUGGACAGAGCUGGACCCAUUAAAGGCAACAUGGAUGUCCCCUUUGAGGAGAUCUUGGAGAAGGCCAAGGCAGGAGACCCCAAGGCCCAGACCGAGGUGGGGAAGCACUAUCUGCGACUGGCAGACACCGCCGACGAGGAGCUCAACAGCUGCACGGCCGUGGACUGGCUGCUGCUGUCGGCCAAGCAGGGCCGGCGUGAGGCAGUGAAGCUGCUGCGCCGCUGCCUGGCAGACAGGAGAGGCAUCACAGCCGAGAAUGAGCUGCAGGUGAGGCAGCUGUCUUCCGAGACCGACCUGGAGCGCGCCGUGCGUAAAGCCGCCCUGGUCAUGUACUGGAAGCUCAACCCCAAGAGGAAAAAGCAGGUGGCCGUGUCGGAGCUGCUGGAGAACGUCGGGCAGGUCAACGAGCAUGAUGGAGUCGGGCAGCCGGGCCCUGUGCCCAAGGUCCUGCAGAAGCAGCGGCGGAUGCUGGAGCGCCUGGUCAGCAGCGAGUCCAAGAACUAUAUCGCGCUGGACGACUUCGUGGAGAUCACCAAGAAGUACGCCAAGGGCAUCAUCCCCACCAACCUGUUCCUGCAGGACGAUGAUGACGACGACGACGAGCUGGCUGGGAAGGGCCCUGAGGACCUGCCGCUGCACCAGAGGGUGGUGAAGUACCCACUGCAUGCCAUCAUGGAGAUCAAGGAGUACCUGAUCGAUGUGGCCUCCAAGGCGGGCAUGCACUGGCUGUCCACCAUCGUCCCCACCCACCACAUCAAUGCCCUCAUCUUCUUCUUCAUCAUCAGCAACCUCACCAUCGACUUCUUUGCCUUCUGCAUCCCGCUGGUGUUCUUCUACCUGUCCUUCGUGUCCAUGGUGAUCUGCACCCUCAAGGUCUUCCAGGACAGCAAGGCCUGGGAGAACUUCCGCACCCUCACCGACCUGCUGCUUCGCUUUGAGCCCGACCUGGAUGUGGACCAGGCCGAGGUCAACUUCGGCUGGAACCACCUGGAGCCCUACGCCCACUUCCUGCUCUCCGUCGUCUUCGUCAUCUUCUCCUUCCCCUUGGCCAGCAAGGACUGGAUCCCUUGCUCAGAGCUGGCCGUCAUCGCUGCCUUCUUCACCGUCACCAGCUACAUGAGCCUCAGCAGCUCUGCCGAGCCCUAUACCAGGCGGGCCCUGGUCACUGAGGUGGCUGCCGGGCUGCUGUCCCUGCUGCCCACCCUGCCGCUGGACGGGCACUACCUGAAGAUGCUUGGGCAGACCUUCUACACCGUGCCCGUUGGCCACUUUGUCACCCUCAACAUCAGCCUGCCCUGCGUGCUCUACAUCCACCUCCUCUACCUCUUCUUCCGCAUGGCCCAGCUGCGGAGCUUCAAGGGCGUCUACUGCUACCUGGUGCCCUACCUGGUCUGCUUCAUGUGGUGCGAGCUCACCGUGGUCAUCCUGCUGGAGUCCACCGGCCUGGGCCUGGUCCGCGCCUCCAUCGGCUACUUCCUCUUCCUCUUUGCCCUGCCCAUCCUGGUGGCUGGCCUGGCACUCAUGGGCGUGGUGCAGUUCACCCGCUGGUUCGUGUCCCUGGACCUCACCAAGAUCCUGGUCACCGUGGCAGUCUGCAGCGUGCCCCUGCUGUUCCGCUGGUGGACCAAGGCCAGCUUCUCUGCCGUGGAGUUGCUCAAGUCACUGACGCGCAGCUCCGUGGUCAAGCUCAUCCUGGUGUGGCUCACAGCCAUCGGGCUCUUCUGCUGGUUCUACGUGUACCGCUCGGAGGGCAUGAAGGUGUACAACUCCACGCUGACCUGGCAGCAGUACAGCCACCUGUGUGGGCCGCGGGCCUGGAAGGAGACCAACAUGGCCCGCACCCAGAUCCUGUGCAGCCACCUGCAGGGCCACCGGGUCACAUGGACAGGCCGCUUCAAGUACGUGCGGGUGACAGAGAUCGACAACAGCGCCGAGUCGGCCAUCAAUAUGCUGCCCUUCUUCAUCGGUGACUGGAUGCGCUGCCUCUAUGGCGAGGCCUACCCAGCCUGCAGCCCCGGCAACGCGUCCACGGCUGAGGAGGAGCUGUGCCGCCUCAAGCUGCUGGCCAAGCACCCGUGCCACAUCAAGAAGUUUGACCGCUACAAGUUUGAGAUCACGGUGGGCGUGCCGCUGGGCGACGGCAGCCGCGCCCACGAGGAGGAUGACAUCACCAAGGACAUUGUGCUGCGGGCCAGCAGUGAGUUCAAGGGUGUGCUGCUCAGCCUGCGCCAGGGCAGCCUCAUCGAGUUCAGCACCAUCCUGGAGGGCCGCCUGGGCAGCAAGUGGCCGGUCUUCGAGCUCAAGGCCAUCAGCUGCCUCAACUGCGCGGCACAGCUUGAGCCCGCCCGGCGCCAUGUGAAGAUCGAGCAUGACUGGCGGAGCAGUGUGCACGGUGCCCUCAAGUUCGCCUUCGACUUCUUCUUCUUCCCCUUCCUAUCCGCCAUGUGAGCCGACGCCAGGCAUGCAUGUGCCCCGAGUGCAGACCGGGGCCUGGGGACCUGACUCAUGUGCAGGCUGCCCAGACCCCAGUGCUGGGCUGGCGGUCCCUUUACUGUAUCCCUCGGGACGCUGAGCUUCCUAGACGUUGCAUGCAGUCUUUACUGUGACCCUCACCCUCCCAGGGACGCCGGGGUGCAGGCCAGACCAGCAAGAGCCCCUGUCCCAGAAAGCACUUUACAGAUGGAUCCCCUCCCCCCACACGCUCCAUUGGCCUUUAUUUACUUCUGUCGGGUUUGUUUCAUAAAAAACCAAGUGUGUGUCCGCAGCAUUUCUUAUUUAUUUGGUUACUGCUAAGCCCUGACAGCUGCGGGCCUGUCCUGGGGCCUGCACAGCUGCCUACAGCCUGUCCUGGAGCUGAGGCCUCACCAGUGGGGACCAGUGUGUCCCCAGCCUGGGCCCCAGCCUGAAUCAGGUCUAGCAGGUGGUGAGUGAGUUCAAGAAGCUUCCUUGAGGCCACCCCUUGGGAACCAGGAAGCCCAGAGCGUCCUUCCUGGUGCCCAGGAGAGCUCAGCCAGACUGCCCUGGAGGAGAGGGUCCAGGUCCUAAAGCAGCUGAAAUAAAGAGCUUUUAUGAAGUCUCA